CGACAGUAGAAGAAGAAUCUGCCAUAUUGCGGUGAUACAGCGAGUUUGUACAAAUCUUGAGCAUUGUUAGCUUCCUUUAGCAAAGAUGCUCUCCUCUCAGAGUUUUGAAGACAAUGGAAAGAUGAAAGAAUAUCAUUAUACGGGUCCAGUAGAACAUCGUUUCUCACCAUACGCUUUCAACGGAGGAACUGUACUAGCUGUUGCCGGGGAAGACUUCGCCAUCGUAGCAUCAGAUACCCGGCUGAGUGAAGGCUAUUCAAUCCACAGCCGCGACUCACCAAAAUGCUACAAGCUGACAGACACAACUGUCAUUGGAUGCAGUGGUUUCCAUGGUGACUGUCUGACUCUGACUAAGAUUAUUGAUGCCAGACUAAAGAUGUACAAACACUCAAACAAUAAGACAAUGACCAGUGGAGCCAUUGCAGCAAUGUUGUCCACCAUUCUGUACAGCAGACGAUUUUUCCCCUACUAUGUCUACAACAUUAUUGGAGGGCUGGAUGAGGAGGGCAAGGGUGCAGUGUACAGCUUUGACCCAGUGGGCUCCUACCAAAGAGACACCUACAAGGCUGGAGGAUCAGCAAGUGCCAUGUUACAACCACUACUGGACAACCAGAUUGGUUUCAAGAACAUGGAGGGUGUGGAGCAUGUCCCUCUGACUCAGGACAAAGCGGUUCGGCUGGUCAAGGAUGUCUUCAUCUCGGCUGCAGAAAGAGACGUCUACACUGGAGACGCCCUUCGGCUCUGUGUCAUCACUAAGGAUGGCAUCAAGGAGGAAACUAUACCACUGAGGAAAGACUAGGAAGGAACAAUGAUUUGUUCAGUCUGGCUCUGCAGUUCUUCUUUGGUCUGUUCUUUCCACAUCCACACUGUUGGUUGGGCCAUUAUCUUAAAACAAGAGUGUUGAUCCAGAAAUGAUUUAUUAACUCAGACACAUUUUUCAUUUUAGGUAUUGCUACCCUAAAUACAUUUAUCUCAAUUAUAUUUUCCCCUCAAUCUUUCUACGAUUAUUUUCUUCACAUCCAUUUUCAGAUUCUAGUUUUAUUAAGAGCCACCUGAUUCUAGAUCAUCACUCCUGUUUUGAGAACCCGGUUUUCACCGGCCUAGACUUUCUGUCUGAAGUUAUCAUUAUGUUAUGAAAGAACAUAUGUUCUGCUAUUCUUUUUACAUUCUUAAUAAAUGUAAAGAACUGAA